AUGUCUGACUCGGACAACCGCAGAUACAGUCAUAUUAUUGGUGACUUCGAUCCAGUUCCUUCCGAUCUAACUUCUCUUACAGGCCCUGAAAGCAUCGACUUUGACCGAAUUCCUGUCGAUCUAACCACUUUGACAGGUCCUGAAAACAUGUUUAGCCCUCGGUCCCAUGGGGACUUUGACUCUCCACAGAUCAGUCCGCGGACCAUUCAACAUGCAGAAGGAUACGAAGUCCAGGAAGACUCUGAAUUCGCAACGAUACAUGCCAAGUUGGAUGCGAUGCAGGACAUCAUGGAAAAGCAGCACCAAGAGUUCAUGGCGAAAUUGAGCGCUCCGAGUGUGUAUCAUCACGACGCUCAUGAUAAUGAUUCUUCAACCCAAAGCACUACAGACUGGACGGCCGACAGCGACCAGGAGUUGCAAGACACGAUAGAGAGAAAGGCCGACCAAAGCGCAGCGGAAAUUGUAAAGUCGCUUCGGGAGCGGAUAACGCAACGAGAGGCAUUCGAUGAUUCAUCCAAGCAGCUCGAAGCGGCUUGGGGUGAUUUGCAGACGGCAAGGAAUAGGAUAGAGAUGCAAAAGAAGGAGUUGACGAGUCUGCGGGAGACACUCGAGGAGAGAGACGAGAACAUUAGUCAAAGCAGGGAAGGAUACGAGAAGCUCGAGGCAGAGUUCCGAAAGCUCCGCGACCAUCUCGAGCAGGAGCGGGCCGCCAACCGUCGGCAGUUUGAAAAGCUGCAGGACUAUCAGGGCAAGAUUCGUGUGAUUGCAAGGAUUCGGCCCAUGAUGAGAGGCGACAGCCCUGACGAUGAACAGGACUUUGGCGAACGACUUCCGGGCGAGUUCUCUGCCAAUUGGGGACAAUUCCGCAUCUCGGAGGAGCAGGCCAGCGCCACUGGAACUCGCACAGUCGUUCGUGAACAGUCGCUAGAGCGCAUCUUUGGGCCCGAGGCCACUAAUGGCGAUGUCUUUGAGGAGCUCGAGUUUCUCGUAAGCUCGGGCCUGAGCGGCUCCCAGUGUGCCAUCUUUGCCUACGGACCCUCGGGAACCGGCAAGACGCACACGCUCUCGGCCAUUAGUGGAGGAGAUACGCCGGAUGAUGUCAAUGAUGGCGUCCUGCCUCAGACGCUGGCCAUGGCUUUCCGACACGCCCAAGAAGACCGGCACCGCUGGGAAUUCACAUUCGGACUAUCGGCUACGGAGGUCUACUUGGAUGAGGCCAGAGACAUGGUGUCGAAUCAGCCUGCAAAGGUGGCGCUUGGCCGCGAUGUCCAGCAACCUUCAGUCCAGAUCCGGAGCUAUGAAGAGGCCAUGAAGCUUCUUGCACGUGUGCUCGCCAAGCGUCGCGUGGGCAGCACAGCCGUUCACGACAAGUCGUCACGAUCACACAUGAUUUUCAGCCUGCGUAUCCACCGCCGGACGGUCGACGGAAGCUCCAAGUCGGUAGAAGGCUGCGUCCACAUUUGCGAUCUCGCCGGCUCGGAGAAAAUUGCCGACACGGCCAGCCCGGUGCAAAAGAAGGAGGGCGUCGACAUCAACUCGUCGCUCACCGAUCUCAUCACGACUCUGCAGCAGCUCGGAGGCGGCCACCGACCGACGCCGAACCACUCGCUCGGAAAGCCCGCUCAGGAGCGACUACCAGCGCCUGACCCGGCCGACGCUGGAACAGGCGCAAAAGGUCCACAGGUCGCGCGAUCCCAAGACCAGCACUCCGCGACGCCCCAGGCCGGCGGCAGACGUCGCGACUACUACGAGUACCCCCGGCACAAAGCGGCCAAUGAACCCGGCUCUGUCAUCCCCUCGUACUCCCAUUACGUCGAGCUCCACUUCUUCCUCGAGUACUAA